CGGUAAUAUAGCAUACUCGUAAUACGCAACAGCUAGGGUUGCCAACGCCCAUGCAGCCCAGCUAGUUAAUUGUAUCCAGACCUUUGAAUCUGAACAAAAAAGACAGCCGAGGGCACCGUUGCGUAAGCGAAGUCCAAGAGUGCUUGUUAAGUAAUAACCUACAAUUGGUAUGUAAUGUUACCCAAUGUGACCACUUUGGCCUAAACAGCAACACCAGACAUUGCAGUCGCUCAUGCGCAAGGAUGGAGUACAUAGCGGCGACAUUUCGCUAUCGAAGCAUUUUGUUGACAGGGGCAACGACUUUCCUGGGAAGUGUCGCCCUUGAGCAGCUGAUACGGGUGUUUGGCAACGAUAUCACUCGAUGCUAUGUGCUGCUUCGUGGCCAAAGUGCGGCCAGCGCACAGGAGCGCUUAAGCCACCUCCUGGCCUCCGACCUUUUCUCAGUAGUACGCGAGCAGCGCAAAGAAGCGCUAAGGAAGGUGGAGGCUGUGGACGGAGACAUCACGCAGCCCGGACUGGGCCUCUCGGAGAAGGACACGCAGCGCCUGGCGGACGUGUCCGUCGUCAUUCACUGCGCGGCAAAGAUUAGGCUCUUUGACACCAUCCACGACCUGCUGAACGCCAACUACAUCGCCACCCGCAACCUGCUGGACUUCACGGUCGCACGCCUGCCGCAUGUGGUGGCCUUCGUGCACACCUCCUCCACCUCGGUGGGCUUCGGACUCCCCUCCGGCUCCACGCUGGAGGAGGUCGUGUACCCGCUGCACCUGAACGAUGCGCCGGUUGACGACGCGCGUCUUGCCUCCGAGCUGCUGUCCAUGGAGCCGCACGCCGCCGACGUGGCCGCCAACCACCUGGUGCGGCGCUGGGGCCUGCGUGUGCCCUACGCGCUCACCAAGCGGCUGGCGGAGCUGCUGGUGCAGAGAUACCAUGAACAGGGCCUCCCCUGCGCCAUUGUGCGGCCCAGCAACAUCGUCGCGGUUGCCGG